UAUAUAUAGGCAAUUUACAAUCAGCUACUUAAAUCAUUUACACAUGCAUAAGUACAUGAAAAAUACCUCACCCAGCAUUGUGGGGACGUAAAAAGAACAUAAUUGAAAAGAUUAGUCAUUAACAUCAAAUUAUUAUUAUUUUAUCUUGAAUAUUUUCAGCAGUACAAACGACUUUGCCACGAAUGCUGUCAUCCCCAGGCAACCAUAUUGUUGGGUAUACGGGACGCGCGGUCAACUUUACUUGGACAUUUUCCAAUCAGACACUUAUUGAUGACAUGCACUUUGGAACUUGGAAAAAGAAUGAUUUUGAAAACUCAAUUGUAUACAUUUCGCAAUUUGAAAAUGGUACAAGUACAGUUGACUUAAAACAGCACAGUGCUGUUCUAGAAUACAGUGGGCGCAUAAGAUGGGCAGGAGACGUGUCGAUAGGAUUGGCUAUAUUUGAACUGUCUGGUAUCAAAUCUUCUGACGAAAGAACAUACGCCCUUGAUAUACUUUACAAAAAUGACGAUGAAUCCGAGCUAAACUCUCAAACCAAACUCAUCGUUAAGGUAUUUAAUUGA